AUGGACGUGAACAGUGCUCGCGUGGAGAGGCUCCGCCGUGUCAACCGCUACAAGGCGGUGCAAGCGGAACUUGCCCUUCAGCGGGAAGAGGAGGAGAUCCGGGCAAGUCGGGAAAGAAAGAUGAACGCCGCUGCUCGCGACGAGGCGCUUGCAAAGCAGCUAGCAGAGGAGCAGCGUCUCGAAUUACUGGACACCAAAAUGCUUCAACUUGCUCGCGACUUUCCGGAGCUGCGGAACUUGGAGGCGCAGCUAAAACAUGCCUUAAUGAAGCAAGGGCGAAAGGACCCAGUUGAGGAGAUACGGCAGUUAAAAGAAAAAAAGUUACAGGAGGAGAGGAACUACAUCGCAUAUUUGAACGAGCAGGAGGAACUGGCAAAGGCCAAGGAAGAAGAACGGCGUAGAAAAGAGUUUGAAGCAUUUCAGCGGCAUCAGGCGGCGCAGAUGGAUCUUAUUGAGGAAAGGAAGACCGUUGCUGAGAAGGAGGCCGCGGACCGACGGAAGGAACGCAUAGCUGUUGACGCGGUAGUGGCUCGGGCCCAGGAGAAGGAUUUUCUUGACGCCUUGGAGAAGCGUGAAAAACAACGACAGUUGCAGGCUGAACAGGAUGAGUUCUACCGACUUCGUGCAGAGGUUAAGGAGGCAGAGAGAAGGCGCGCUUUACAGGAGGAGGAGGCCAUCAACGCCUAUCACGCUGAGCAAAGCCGUCGGAAGGAAACGAACGAGAAGUUGGCACGUGAGAGGGAAGCCAUCAAAGCCCGAAUUCUUGAGGAACAGAGCAGGAAAAUUGCGGAGGAGCAAGCCAAGCGGGAGGAACUGGAGACUUUGUUAAAUGAUUACUACGAGGCGGAGCGCUUGGCAAAGGAACGCAAGGCGAUGAAGGAUGAAAAAGAGGCGCGGGAGAGGUUUGCAGAGGAGGUGAAACAGGAGAAUUGGCGGCUCAUUCAGGAUCGUCUAAAGGAAAAAGAGGCGGAGCGCGCCGAAGAAAUCAGGUUGCGUCAGUUGAUGAUGGAAGAUCUUGCGAGAAAAGCCAAAUUGGAGCGUUUUUCGCGGCAACGCCAGAUGCAAAUUAAGCGUGAACACAUACUGGAGGCUGAAAAGAUGCUUGAGGCACGCAGGGAGCUCAAGCGGGAAGAGGAGCGCCAGUCUGCACUUGUAGAGGAGCGGGAAAAGAAACGCCAAGAAGAACUACUGGAGUACGUUCGUCGUGCACGUGCACAACUUCUUGCUGACUAUUUGCCAAAGCUAGGCGAAUUUGUGCCAGCACACGUGCUUACGGUGGAUGAAAAGAGACAAUAUGGUAUCAUAAAGUAA